UCAAAUCCUGGAGACCAUCUGCAUAUAUAGGCGCUUACCCGUAAUCCACCAUUCCAAUCUCGAAAACAUGGCUGCUGUCACUACAAUACCAUAUCAUGUAAAAGCCUGGAUCUAUUCUGAACAUGGGAAGUCAUCAGUGCAUGUUCUGAAGUUCGAAAAUAAUUUGCCCAUUCCGGUAACCAAACCAGAUCAGGUACUAAUCAAGGUUGUUGCAGCUGCCCUUGAUCCCGUUGAUUUCUUAAAGACUCAAGGUCAUCACCAGGACAGUCACUAUCCUUUUCCAAUUGUUCCAGGCUAUGAUGUUGCUGGUGUGGUGGUCAAAGUAGGAACUGCAGUAAUGAAAUUUAAGGGACAACUUUAGGAAUCCAAGCACCAGCAGUAGUAGUCAGACCUUGAGAUUUCCAUCAUUUGUUCUGGACUCAUUCUUUCAAGUUCACUUUGCCUCCAUGAAGCAAAAUUAUUCCUGUUCUGUGGGUCAGUUGCCAAAGGGUUAUCCUCCAUUUUGUGCACUUGGGAUCUCAUUCUCAUGUACAGCCUCAUUGUUGCAACACAAUCUUCAUAAGGAUCUUGUAUCCCACUUUGAAUGUCAUACCUACAUAAUUGCAAAACAUACAAAUAUUGGACAUAUAUUUAUUUUUACUUUUUUGAAAGCUAAAAUAUAUAAAUUGAUAACAAGAAAAUUUCUUUUGUUGAAUUGUAAUAAGUAGAUACUUACCCUAGAUAUGCUUGUGUUAAGUACUUGAGUGAGUUGCUAAGCUUGCUUGUUUUCAUCAGUGGAGGGUAUUUCGCAGUGUCCCUGUGUAAAUUACAAAGAUUUGUUCAAUAUAGUCGAAUUCAAAGCAUUCAA